AUGAGGAAAAAUGAUACCAUCCGGAUGAGCGGCCGUUACUAUUAUAUCAAAAGCAAAGUAAGACACAAAAAUUUUCAGACUUUUCCAGUAUUUGAAGAUGUGGAGGGAGGCCAUGUCCAUGUGCCUGUAGAUUACCCUCUAGUCAAGGAACUGGCAGAGUCAGUUAAUAAGUACAGGAUGGAUGCUAAUUUCACAAUUAUGCAGCUUGAGAGGCUAGGCUCUACAGCAAUGACCCCAAAUGAUUGGCAGACUGUAGUGAAAGCUGCCUUCCCUAAUAUGGGAGUGUAUUUAGAAUGGAAAGCCCUAUGUUAUGAUGCCUGUCAAACCCAAGCUAGGGCUAAUGUCAAUGCAGAAGACAAUCAACGACACUGGACAUUUGAGCUACUAACAGGACAAGGUCCGCAUGUCCAGACAGAUUAUGAUUGGGGAGCGUAUAUCCAAAUAUCUGCUGCUGCAAUUAAAGCAUGGAAGGCCCUUUCAAAGAAGGGUGAGACCAAAGGCCAUUUAACAAAAAUUAUCCAGGGUCCUCAGGAGUCAUUCCCAGAAUUUGUGGCCAGAAUGACGGAUGCAGCAAGCAGGAUAUUUGGAGACCCAGAAAGGGUCCAGCCAAUGAUAGAACAACUGGUGUAUGAAAAUGCUUCACCAGAAUGCAAGGCAGUCAUUACCCCCAGAAGGAACAAAGGACUGACAGACUGGAUAAAGGGCCCCAAGUCUCAGGGCCCCAGAAAAAAUGGAACACAGACAGACAACAGGAGGGCUUAUCCAGCUGUAGAGAAACAAGAGGAGCAGCAGGCCUGGACCACCGUUCCACCUCCCAAUUCUUAUUAA